AUGUGGAGUAGCAGGAACAUCUCUUAUGCUGGGAGAGUACAGUUGAUAAACUCAGUGCUUCUUAGUCUUCAUAUCUACUGGGCACAAGUCUUUAUGUUGCCUCAGACUGUGUUAAGGGAUAUUGAGAAGAUUUGUCGAGCAUUUUUAUGGUAUGGAAAUUACUUUAGCACUGUCCCAGGUAGCAUUCAGUGGGAGAAGGUGUGUAGACCUAAGAUGUCAGGGGGCCUUGGAUUCAGGAGGAUCAAGGACUGGAACAAGGCAGCACUUGCAAAAUAUGUCUGGGCAAUAACAACUAAGCAAGAUAGCUUGUGGGUCAAGUGGGUGCAUGCGGUGUAUAUCAAAGAGGACAGUUGGUGGGGUUAUAUCCCACCAAAGAACUGCUCUUGGUAUUGGAAGCAAAUCUGUAAUGUUAAAGAGACCAUGAAGCUUCACUAUAAUGAAGAUGAGAUGAAGAACAUGACACAGUUCAAGAUAAAAGAGGUGUAUAACAAAAUUACAGAAGAAGAGGAGAGAGUGCACUGGGAUAAGAUGAUUUGGAAUAGGCUAGCAGUGCCUAAACACAGAAUGAUCAACUGGCUUGCAAUUCAGGGCAGACUCAAAACAGCUGAUAGAUUAUGUAUGAUGGGGGUUAUAACUGAUGAUCAAUGUAAACUAUGCUGUGAACACAAAGAGAGUCAUCAACACCUAUUUUUCCAAUGUUCCUAUGUAAAGAGAAUCAUGAAGUCUGUGUUUGAAUGGCUGGGUUUUAAAAGUAGGCAGGAUCAAUUGAUGAGACUAAUGAUGAUAAUGAACAGCAGAAGUGGAAAGUCCAGAGUAGUGAAGCAAAUACAUGCUGCAGUUAUCACAGCUAGUGUCUACUAUAUUUGGUGGGCAAGAAAUGAAGUUCAAUGGAACAUGAUUGUCUGGAGACCUGAAAAGGUAUAUAGAAUCAUCAGAGAGUGUAUAGUUAUGCGUAUUACAAGUGUAUUGCCUAGAAAGAUUUCUAGCAAAGAUAUAGAUUGGUGGGAAAAUGUAAAGAGGAAACUGUAA